AGGGCGUCACCUAGGCGGGGCGGUGCGGUCUGGGCGCUGGGCUGGGGGCGGAGCUGGGAGAUGGCGUUCAGAGCGGCUCGCUGGCUGGCCUUGGUCCCCGCCCGAUCCCGGACUCUCCGGAACGGGCCGACCUUGAGGCUAGCUGGCGAUGCCUCCGCCGGACAGGGUGGCUCAGGUCGGAGCCUGGUACCGUCGAGAUCGGUCAUCGUUACUCGCAGCGGCGCCAUUUUGCCCAAGCCGGUGAAAAUGUCCUUCGGCCUUCUCCGUGUGUUCUGCAUCGUGAUCCCCUUUCUCUAUGUCGGGACCCUCAUUAGCAAGAACUUUGCUGCUCUACUUGAGGAGCACGACAUUUUUGUCCCAGAGGAUGACGACGACGACGACUAGCAGGGCGCCAGAAGUGCACACGGAGAGAGCCCCCUCAUGACAGAACUGGCGAUGUUCGCAGCUGCUUUCCUUCCUUGCCAGCAGAUGGGCCGGGAAGCUCUUGGCCUGCCAGUUCCGGGGGCCCCUGUGGUCUAUGACUGCUGCCCCGGUUUUCAAGCUCUGGGAGGGUCCCCGCGAUGUGCCGCUUACUCAAGACAAGCAAAUCAUGAAUAAAUGCAAGUCAGCUGUUUGUCUGA